UCGUAUCCAGAUCGAACCAGAGAGAAGAAGAGGGGAGCCACCGCCCCACCGCCCGCGCCGCGCCGCGCACGCCACCGCCCGCGCCAGAAGCGCUGCCGCCGCCGCCCCCCGAGGAGGAGAGGAGAGGCGAGAGAGGAGAGGAGAGGGAUCCGGCCGGAAGGUUCCGAGAGAUGGGAGUCCCGGCGUUCUACAGGUGGCUGGCGGACCGGUACCCCCAGACGGUGUCGGACGCGGAGGAGGAGGAGCCCGUGGAGCUCGAGCCCGGGGCCUUCGUCCCCGUCGACCCCCGCCGCCCCAACCCCAACGGCCUCGAGUUCGACAACCUCUACCUCGACAUGAACGGCAUCAUCCACCCCUGCUUCCACCCCGAGGGCCGGCCCUCCCCGACCACCUACGACGAGGUGUUCAAGUCGAUUUUUGACUACAUCGACCACCUCUUCUGCCUCGUCCGCCCCAGGAAGAUCCUCUACAUGGCGAUAGACGGUGUUGCGCCGAGGGCCAAGAUGAAUCAGCAACGGUCCAGGCGGUUCCGGGCUGCCAAGGACGCGGCUGAUGCGGCGGCCGAGGAGGAAAGGCUGAGGCUGGAGUUCGAGGCAGAGGGGAGGAAUUUGGUCCGGAAGGAGAAGUCGGAGGCAAUCGACUCGAAUGUCAUAACUCCCGGGACGCCCUUCAUGUUUGUACUCUCUUCGGCGCUCCAGUACUACAUACAGUUGAGAUUGAAUCACUCCCCUGGGUGGCAGUCUGUCAAGGUAAUAUUGUCUGACUCGAAUGUUCCUGGAGAGGGGGAACAUAAGAUCAUGUCAUAUAUCCGUCUGCAGCGCAAUCUUCCAGGGUUUGACCCCAACACACGCCAUGUCUUAUAUGGCCUUGAUGCUGAUUUGAUCAUGCUUGCUCUGGCAACUCAUGAGGUCCACUUCUCGAUUUUAAGAGAGGUGAUCACCAUGCCAGGGCAACAUGAAAAAUGCUUUCUGUGUGGUCAAGUUGGGCAUUUGGCUGCUGAGUGCCAAGGCCCUGGUCCGGCUGAUAAUGUCGUAGAGCUCCCUCCAAUUCAUAAAAAGAAGUAUCAGUUUCUUAACAUCUGGGUGCUGCGGGAAUACCUGGAGAAGGAUCUGGAGAUUGUAGAUCCCCCCUUCAAGAUAAACCUUGAACGCAUCUUGGAUGAUUUUGUGUUUCUCUGCUUCUUUGUUGGGAAUGACUUUCUGCCUCACAUGCCAACUUUGGAAAUUCGUGAGGGUGCGAUUAAUCUUCUGAUGAAUAUUUAUAGAGCAGAGUUCAAACCAAUGGGCGGUUACCUCACUGAUGGGGGUGAGGUUUUACUAGAACGAGUGGAGCAUUUCAUUCAGGCUGUUGCUAUCCAUGAAGAACAAAUUUUCCGGAAGCGUGCACGUAUUCAGAAGGCGUACGAGAACAACGAGGAUAGACGUAGAGCGCAGGGAGAGACCUCCGAGGAAAAUCAAUAUGUGGACAUGGUUAAACUAGGAGAGCCGGGAUUCAGGGAGAGGUACUAUGCUGAGAAAUUUAGAGAAGAGGCAGAAUCAAAGCCCAUUGAUCAAGUUCAGAGAGAUGUUGUUCAGAAAUAUGCGGAAGGUCUUUGCUGGGUCAUGAGAUACUACUAUCAGGGUGUUUGUUCAUGGCAGUGGUUCUAUCCAUACCAUUAUGCGCCUUUUGCAUCUGACCUGAAAAACUUGACUGAGUUUGAGAUAACCUUUUUCUUGGGUCAACCUUUCAAGCCAUUUGAUCAACUAAUGGGAACACUGCCAGCUGCUAGCUCUAAUGCACUGCCGAAGCACUACGGGGAUUUGAUGACUGAUCCAAAUUCACCGUUGAAUUAUUUCUAUCCCAAAGAUUUUGAAAUAGACAUGAAUGGAAAGCGUUUUGCAUGGCAGGGUAUUGCGAAAUUGCCUUUUAUUGAUGAAAGGCGGUUGCUUGCGGAGACACAGAAACUUGAAGAUACAUUAACAGAAGAAGAGAGAUUCAGGAAUACGACAAUGUUUGACAUAAUUUAUGUGCGGGAAACUCAUCCAUUGGCUGCUCAGAUUGCAUUCCUGUAUCAGAUGUACUCUCAACAAAUGAUAACAGAUCCUUCCUAUUGUGUCCCCAUUGACCCUGCUGCUAGUGGCGGAAUGAAUGGAUUUCUUUGUUUAUCUCAAAGAAAUUGGUACAGCAUCUCUGUAGGAUCUCCAGUUAAGGGGUUCAAUGGCAUCACCAAUAACCGAGUUUUGAAUGCUACCUAUGUUAACCCUCAGUAUCACAAACACAUCCCAGAGCCUCCAGAGGGUGCCAUUAUACCUCCAAAGAUAUUGAAACCUUACGAUUUCAAACCUUUCCCUGUGUUGUGGCAUGAAGAUAAUAGUCGGCGACAGACACGAGACAGGCCUCAGGUGCAUGGAGCUCUGACAGGUUCUGUCUUAGGCGAGGCUGCACAUCGUCUACUGAAAAAUUCCCUGCAGAUCAAAUCUGGCAGCUCUGCUGGGCUGCUUCAUGUUCCAUACGGAGCAGCACCCUAUGGCCCUGGAAACAGAGCAAGGCCCUCUGGACCUUUGGGAUAUGGGAGGGGUUUUGUGGACAACCCAUACCAUGCACACAUGUCCAGAAGCGCUCCAAAUCCUCGGCCUCAGUUCUUUGGUGAAGCUCAACCCAACAGACAGAAUGUGCGGAUACUAGAGCGGCCAAACAAUCGAAACCACGAUGGUGGCAUCCAUUCAGGGAUGUCAAAGCUGACAAUUCAAGAUGGGCCAAGAAUGCAUCAAAAUCCCAGGAUGCAGAGUCCUGGAUAUUUUCCAAACCAGCCAUAUCCGAAUCAGUAUGGUGGGUUCCCACCCCAGCGGCCCAUGCAGAAUGCCAAUUUUGCACCGCAGCGGCCUUUCCAAAAUGCACCAUUCCCACAGCAGCGGCCUGUUCAAAAUGCAGGAUUCGCACAGCAGAGGCCUGUUCAAAAUGCAGGAUUCAUGCAGCAGCAGCAACCAGUGAACGGGGUUCCCCCACCACUACCUCCCAGCACUUGGAUCGGCAAGCAACCAAGCGGAGGCCAGGCUGGUACACCUGCCAAGCAGCAGGACCCGAGGACAAAUAGACAGCCUAAGCAGGAUAAUAGACAGCCAAAGCAGGAUAACCUGAGAUCACAGCAUGAGAGCAGACAGCAGGCUGCCAAGGUGUUCACACAAGAGUCUGACCAGGCCAGCGUUACUCACCACUGGACGUCGGUGGGACUGCCUACCAGUGCGCUGCACGUCGCCACCUUCGCCGUGGCGGAGAAGGAGGACAAGGAGCUCUACAAGAGGAUCGUUCUCAGCUUCUCCUGGCGCAGGCAGAUGCCACGCCUUGCUCUCACGCUUGGCCUCGAGGAUGACAUGGAAGAAAUCAUUGAAGAACUUAUCACAAAGGGGCAACAACUUGAUGCCGUGAACUUUGCAUAUGAGGCUGGUCUUCUGGAAAAAUUCUCCCCAGUCCCUCUUUUGAAAUCCUACCUGGAGGAUUCUAAGAAGAUGUAUUGCACUUCAGAUAACGUGAGCACCAGCAGUGGCCAAUCUGGGGUAAAUGCAAAUAAGAAGGAACAGUCUGCGCUUCGGGCUGUUAUAAAGUGUGUUGAGGACCACAAACUUGAAGCUGAGUUUCCAUUGGAGGAUCUCCGGAAGCGGCUGGAAGAAUUGGAGAUGGCAAAGACUGAGAAGAAAAAGGCAGCGUCGAGUUGUUCCAGUGGCGGCCCAGCAAGCAAGCGCAUCAAAGGUAGUGCUGGGGGAGCAAUGUCCCCUUCCAAGUCUGGUCGUCUAAGCGACAACACCGGUGCACCAUCUUCGCCCGCGACCGCCACCAGCAGCAGCACUGCCACCGCAUUCAUCGGCUCUCCAGCCUCCCAUGUCUCCUACGGUACCGGAUCUCCCUACUCUUAUGAUAGGUCAGCUGGGCACGCCCUCUACUGUGGCCAGAGCCCACUUCCAAUGAGGGAGCCAUAUGCAUACCCACCUGCUGUGCCGGUGCCUAAUGUUGGCCUUGGAAUGCCAUACCAAGCCCCUCCCAUGACCUACCCCAUCUACGCCGGUUACAACAGCGGCCCGGGAGCCUAUGGCAAUGCCAUGGCCCCAGCCUUUCACCAGGCUUACUACCGGUAGAAUCAGUCGGAAAUGACCAAAUGACAAGAGCCGAUGACGGCGGGGCUUCGUCAACGGUGCCCUGUUUUGUAGCGACUGACUACAACGGUAGGUUGCGUACGUCCUUAAUACAUCACUACUAGAUGCUUAUGUUACUUCGUUCUGUCCGGUUAUUAGCACUCAUGUUUACUUCCGCACUGAAAACUGAAAGACUGAAUGUAAAGUAUGGAUGCCGUGUAUGUGGACCUUGUGUUGUAAUUCAGUUUAAUGCGCUAGGCGAAAAAACCAAAAAAAUAUAUUAUGCAUGUAAUCCUCGAGCAUUGACUAUUAAUAUCUUCUGCUA